AUGUCUGCCUCUAGUGAAUCUUAUUUUAAUAUUAGAUUUUAUCAUUAUCAUUCUCAUUCUCAACCCACCUUAUUCACCAGAUACUUUUUCGAAGUUCCCGUAAACAUCUUGAUUGAUUACGAUGAACUUGAAUGUCAAGAUCCUGAGAGUCUUACUAAUGCAUUUUUAAGUAACACUUUCUCGAUCGUGCCUUUUUCUUCGGAAGCGAUGGAACAAAUUCUACUUCAUAUGGCUGACUUUGCUAGGCGUAUGAUUAUGGCCAACGACGAAGAUCAACAAACAUUAUGGUUGAAUGUUGAAGUUCGUGAAACGCCAAAUAUUGAUAAUGUUGUUGAUGACGAAAACAUACCUAUUACGACAAUUUUGAAUUCGAUGGAGAAGAUGAAAGUGGGAGAUAUUGAUACUUCUUGUUCAAUAGAACAAUGUCCAAUAUGUUUGGAGGAAUUUUGCAAAGGUUCAAAACUAGACAUUGUUCGAACCAAGUGUAUGCAUAAUUUUCAUGAGCAUUGUAUUGUUCGAUGGCUUCAACAUUGUGACAAUGUUGAUCAAUUAAAAACUUGUCCAUUGUGUCGUUCCCAAAUUCAAUGA